UUGUGUUCUUGAUGUAAAGACUGAAGUCAUGUUACCGUCUUGUUGUAGGUUACUGGAAAUUUCUGGUAGUCUGCUCUAAACUGUUUUGACUUCAAUUACCGUUAAUAAUAUUUAACUCUGCCCUGCAUCUAUUUGUUCAUCAAAUCAUACAAAAAUGAUUGAAAUCACAUGCAAUGACCGUCUUGGAAAAAAAGUCAGAGUGAAAUGUAAUCCAGAUGAUACAGUUGGUGAUCUCAAAAAAUUGAUAUCUGCCCAAACUGGAACUCAUUAUGAUAAAAUUGUUCUGAAAAAGUGGUACACCAUCUACAAAGAUCAUAUAAAACUACAAGAUUAUGAAAUUCAUGAUGGCAUGAAUUUAGAACUUUACUAUCAGUAGGCAUCAUGCACACAUUGUCAAAUAUUAUUGAAAUCAAGAUUUUAUUUUGAAAUUGAAUUUUUCAUUUCAAUGAGGCCUUUUUACUAUUGCUUCAUCCGAACGACUCAUAGGACUUUCAGCUUCAAU